GAAUGUUGACUCCUGUUCUCUGUCACCUGUCAGAAUCCAUCCUCCUGUCACUGUCUUAUAUGGACAAGUCAGUCCAGGGUCAUGUGACCUUGGGUUGCUAAAAACAGCUCCAUCACCCAUCUGAGCCAGGCCUGGAACAAUGUCCUCCACAGAGAGAGAGACAUAAAGGACACUUGAUCAGGUCCUUGGAAUUAUUUCCAGGAAACACUUACAGAAGCCGUUCGGGAGCACCUUUCCCUUGGCAGCACACUCAGGGACAGGGACGGCGAGGAAAUGAGCACUUCUCUGAAUUACAAGUCUUUCUCCAAAGAGCAGCAGACCAUGGAUAACUUGGAAAAGCAACUGAUAUGUCCCAUCUGCCUAGAGAUGUUCACGAAGCCUGUGGUCAUUCUCCCUUGCCAGCACAACCUGUGCAGGAAGUGUGCCAGUGACAUCUUCCAGGCCUCUAACCCGUACUUACCCACAAGAGGAGGUACCACCGUGGCAUCGGGGGGCCGCUUCCGCUGUCCCUCCUGCAGACAUGAGGUGGUGUUAGACAGACAUGGGGUCUAUGGAUUGCAGAGGAACCUGCUCGUGGAAAACAUUAUUGAUAUCUACAAGCAGGAAUCCACCAGGCCAGAAAAAAAAUUGGACCAGCCCAUGUGUGAAGAGCAUGAAGAGGAACGCAUCAACAUCUACUGUCUGAACUGUGAAGUGCCCACCUGCUCCUUGUGCAAGGUUUUUGGCGCUCAUAAGGACUGCCAGGUGGCUCCCCUGACCCAUGUGUUCCAGAGGCAGAAGUCAGAGCUCAGUGAUGGUAUUGCUGUACUUGUGGGAAGCAACGAUAGAGUCCAGGGUGUGAUCAGCCAGCUGGAGGACACCUGUAAAACUAUUGAGGAGUGCUGCAGAAAGCAGAAACAGGACCUGUGUGAGAAGUUUGAUCACCUAUACGGCAUCCUGGAGGAGAGGAAGACUGAAAUGACCCAAGCCAUCACUCGAACACAGGAGGAGAAACUGGAACAUGUCCGAACUCUUAUCAGGAAGUAUUCCGAUCACCUGGAGAACGUAUCCAAGUUGGUGGAGUCAGGAAUCCAGUUCAUGGAUGAGCCUGAAAUGGCAGUAUUUCUGCAGAAUGCCAAGACCCUGUUGCAAAAGAUCGUGGAAGCAUCAAAGGCAUUUCAGAUGGAGAAACUAGAACAAGGUUAUGAGAUCAUGAGCAACUUCACUGUCAAUCUCAAUAGAGAAGAAAAAAUUAUCCGUGAAAUUGACUUUUCUAGAGAAGAGGAAGAUGAAGAAGAUGCGGGAGAAAUAGAUGAAGAAGGAGAAGGAGAGGAUGCAGUAGAAGUAGAAGAGGCAGAAAAUGUUCAAAUAGCAUCUUCAGGGGAAGUGGAGACUCUGGAGGAAGCUGCAGAGCCCUCUCAGCUGGCCGCAGAGCUCCAGGUCGCCCCAGAGCCACUACCUUCUUCCUCUCCAGAACCAUUGUCAUCCAUGCCACCUGCUGCAGAUGUCCUGCUGACACAGGGGGAGGUGGUGCCCAUUGGCUCUCAGCAGACCACACAGUCUGAAACUUCAGGCCCUUCAGCAGCGGAAACUGCGGAUCCCUUGUUUUACCCUAGUUGGUAUAAAGGCCAAAGCCGGAAAACCAGCUCCAACCCACCUUGCACUCAUGGGAGUGAAGGUCUGGGUCAAAUAGGGCCUCUGGGCACUGAGGAUUCCAGUGUGCAGUCCGCAGAAGUGGCAGAAGCCGCAACCAAUGAGCAGGCAGCAGUGAGUGGUAAGGAGUCUAGUUCAACUGCAGCUACCUCUCAGUGUUCCUCUUCUGUAGGCUCAGAGAUGCACUCCUCAGAAGCCUUGAUGUUCAGCCAUCUAAAACUGUUUCACUCAAGGCCCCAAGCUCCCUCCCUAUAGUACAGGGGCCCAUGCACUGUCUCAAAAAGACUCCCUCCAUUACCCUUGCAUGGAGAACCUGACGUCAUAGACAAUUAUUCAGUAUUCCAGUAGGGAUGAACCCUCCUAUUGGCCAUUAGAGGGGUCCAGCUUAGCAGAGGGAGAAGCAACAAAGAACCCAUUCAGGAGCAUGUAGGUCUAAUGUAGGCUUAGGAGCAGCGUUCCCCCUGUCUUCCCAGAGAUGUUCAGGAGGCACCCUGUCGAGAAUGCUGUUCAGGUCAGACUCUGCACUAGUCUAGGACUAAGUGAUUUCUCAGUUUUCUUAGAACCUUUAUUCUUUUCAGGGUCUUUCCUUGGAGAGGAGGUCUCUGAGAAAAAGAUACUGCUUGUGUAGCAGUCAUUAGGUACAUAGAGCGAAGAGACAGGCAUUAAUAUGCACAUAAAACCAUAAGAAUCUAAAUCAAAGAAAAUCCAUUAUUUCAUUCAACAGUCCCUUCCUUAUGUUUCAAGUUACACUUCUCAUAGGCAAGCUAUUAGGUUUGCUUAGGGAGUGACAUAUUAUAUUUUGAUUUUAAUCCUUUGAAAGUUACCAAUUUAGUUAGCAGUAUUUGCAGAGCUCAAGUACAUUCACUUUUGAGUGAAGGGCUCUACUGGCCUAAGCCCUUGCUCCGUGCGCCCUUAGCCAAGUCCAGGAUCCUUGGAGCUAAAAGGCACCAGCUAUUUUAGGUUCCCUAACCUGUCAUGAAAGGCCUCUCUCCUGUCUCAUUAGCCAUCUGCUCUGCAGUGGCUGUAGGAUCUCUGUGUGUACCAGCUGUAUCUGUAACUGUGUGAGCAAAACCUCCACCCACCUAAUGUCUAAACAGUCAGCUGUGAACUUGUAUACAAUCAAAUGUCCUGGUCAUGCAUAUCAUCUAUUCAGUGGCCUGACUCCUGCUCUUCACAUUAUCUGUGGUAAAAUGGAAUCAUAGCCAAUGGUCUUGGGCACAAAAACAGGGACAGAAAGCUACAUGGUUACUGGAAGCAGGUGCUAACUGUGGAUCUGAAUAAUUGUCUAAAGGGUUCCGGCUAUAUUCUAAGAAUGUUGGUUUGGAACCCUGUCACCUUGUAUCCUUACAAUAUCCUCUGAGGCUGUGAGGGGGUGUCAUGCUUCAUGGCUGUAUGCAUUCAUCUGCCUGUAUG